CGCUUUCUAAAGAAACCACGUGACUUGGAAGGUGCUACGAGUCCAUCAUCAGUGCCCUGAAUCAAAGCUGUACAGGUUUAGACGCGGUCAGAAGCGACAUCAGUAUGAGGAAUUAUACCUUCCUUUUUUGGGUUUUAUUACUCGUGAACGGUGUGUUUGGUGUUGAUGCAGAUGAAGUGUCAGUAUCAGUGAUGGUGGGAGAUUCUGUCACUCUACAUACUGAUGUUACUGAAGUACUGAAAGAUACUAAGAUAAUAUGGAAGUUUGGUGAUGAAAUCAUUGCUAGAAUGAAUGAAGCAGAUGCAAAUCCCUCUACAUAUGAUGGUUCCAGUGCGAUAUUCAGAGACAUACUGAAGCUGGACACACAGACUGGAUCUCUGACCAUCACAAACAUCAGAACUGAACACAUUGGACAUUAUAGUGUAGACAUCAAGAGCACAGAUGCAAAAUUGAAGACAUUCCAAGUUACUGUCCAUGAUGUUGUGGAGUCAGUGUCAGUGACGAAGGGAGAUUCUGUCACUCUACACACUGGUGUUACUAAAAUACAGAGAGAUGAUCAGAUACUGUGGAAGUUUGGAGAUCAAGUCAUCCGCAUUGAUCGCUUAAAUAGCGCUGCUGACUCGAGAUGGAGUAACGUUCAUCUGAACGAUCAAACCGGAGAUCUCACCAUCAGAAACAUCCGAAGAGAUCAGUCUGGAGAUUAUAAGGUGGAAGUCAACACCAUCAAUAUGAUCUUGCACAGGAAAUUACGUAUUAAUAUCAGUGGUGUGUUUAGUUUUGAUGGGGUGAAGAAAAUUUCAGUGAGGGAUGGAGAUCCUGUCACUCUACAGACUCGCAUUACUGAUAUAACAGGAGAUGAUGUGAUCAAGUGGACAUUUGGAGCUCAACACACUUCCGUAGUAAAAACUGACAGAGAGAAUCGAAGAAUAAUAUAUAAUGAACAUGAUGUGAGAUUUAGAGACAGACUGCAUCUCUAUAUUCAAACUGGAGAUCUCACCAUCAGCAACACCAACACUGAAGUCUCCGGACUUUAUCAGAUAAAGAUCAUCAAAGGCACGUAUACCAUACAGAAGAGCUUCAGUGUUACUGUCAGUGCUCAGUCAGGUGCUGCAUCAGGGAUAUGUGGUGCUGGUGUUGGUCUGGUGGUUUGGGCUGUAACUGUGUUUUUUGCUACAAGAAGUAUAAGCAACCAAGGUGUAGCAAAGGUGUUUUCAACAGGAAAAUGAGAAGAAACAACAGUUCACUGUGACAAUAUAAACUUUGCUUGAUAUACUAAUCAGUGUUUAAUUUGUUUUUAUGUAUAUAUUCCUGACAUAUCACUGUUCAUGUAUUUUUGCAUAAUGCUUGACAACAAGAACAAAUGGUAAAAUUGUAAACACCAUAGUCUGAAAUAUUCAAGUUACAGAACUAUUCAUGACUUUUUCUUGUUAAAUAUAAAAUAAAUCAACAUAUGUUAAAAAUCUUUUCCUUUAAACCAGCAGGGUUUGGUUGCUUGAAAAUGUUUUCUCUUCGUAGUGUAAUCUUAAAGUUAUUUGCAUGGGGAUUAUUUGCAUGGGGUGAUAGGUGCAAAGUAUAAUUUCUGUACCAUUCAUAUGAAAAUGUAUGUUCAUGUGGUGCUCAUAGGCUACAUAUAGAUCUAGGUACAAAUACACAAUAAAGUCAAACUUGAUAAAACUGAGACUAUUUUAUGGUGUCAGAGUGAACAGUGUGGAUAGUGAGCUGUAUGUUCUACCGUGUAAGGAAACAAAAGAGUUGGU